AUGGGGGUCACUCCUUUGAGCGGGCUGGAAACCUUCUAUGAAAUUAUCAACAACGGCAAUGUUAUCAUUAUCGACUUUUGGGCAACUUGGUGCGGGCCUUGCAGACUGAUGUCUCCUAUUUUCGAACAGCUGUCGGAACAGAUGUCAGGUCCGGAGUUCUAUAAGGUGGACGUUGACGAGGAGCAGGCCAUAGCCGAGGAAAUCGGUAUCAGAUCUAUGCCAACAUAUAUGGUGUUUAAAGACGGACAGAAGCUCGAAGAACUAGUCGGUGCUAAUCCGGGAAAGCUUGAAAUGUUGGUUGGGGACCUUGAUAUGUAUAUGUAUUAA